AUAAAAUUGAACAUUUUUAGGAGAAUGAUCGCUUUAAUAAUUUUAUCAAUCGCAAUUGCCGGAACUUUUGGCACUGUUAUACCAUUCCAUAUGAGUUCUAUACCAGAAGAAUAUAAAGAAUUCAUUCCACAAGAACUCAAGGAUUUCCUUAAGGAUCUCACUCCAGAGGAUAAGCAAAUUCUUCGUAAUAUGACCAUAAAUCAUCAUCAAUACGCUAACGAAGAUGCAGCGUUAGAAGCACUUAAAGAGAAAAGCGAAAAAUUACAUGCAAAAGUGCAUGCACUAAUUGAUUUCGUUAAGAAAAAAUUGGAAAGUCUUACACCGGAUGCGAAGAAAUUUGCCGAUGAAGUGAUCGCAAAGGCUCGUUCGUUACGUCCAGAACCUGGUUCUAAGCCCGAUCUUGAGAAAAUUAAGGAAUCAAUUCGAGAAUUUGUUGAAAAAUAUAAGGCACUUAGUGAUGAGACGAAGGAGAAUUUAAAGACGACUUUUCCUAAUACUGCUAAAAUCAUUUCAAGUAAGUAA